ACAGCAGAUUCACGGUGACAGAGCAGUGUGUGGUGACCCUGGACGUUUCGCUCUGGCAUGCUCUCUCCUGACCCGGGGCACACUACAGGCGAGUUACCAAAAAGGGAAAGCUUCUCCUUCAGUCGUGGAGUACAGCUGAAAACCGGGACAGGUCACAUAUUUCACAGCAACUGUAUCUGAGUGGAAGCAGUCCUGUUGAAGGAAGGACAGAGGAGCAGUUUGGAGAGUAAAAAUCCUUCAACUUGACUCAUGCUCUCAAAGAUCUCUUUCUCUUCAUCGAUCUUCACAUACAGGUGAAGACAGAGGUAGGGCUUUGGAUGCAGGUUGUAUGUUGGCUGCUGUGCCUUGGCACGGUGGGGGCACUCGCUGUGCUGCACAAGGAUCAGGUGGCAAAGAAUGCCAUUAAGCUUUAUCUGGGCAAAGGAGGGACACACGGCCACAGCUGGGUGAACAACAACUGCAAACGUCUGGUGGGGCUCCUGAGACAGAAGAAUGUGGCGGUCAGGAAGCUGGCGGCCGCUGCUGAUGCUGUUAGACUUGACCGGACCCUUUCAGAUCCAGAGAGGCUCUUCCAGGUUCACACCCUGGAGGUUUUCCAGAAGGAGCUGAAUGAGAGCGAGCACCUGGUGUUCCAGGCGGUGCACAGCCUUCAGAGGGCGUUGCAGGGAGACUACAGGGAUGUGGUCAACAUUAAGGAGAGCAGCAGACAGAGGCUGGCCGCCCUCAGGGAGGCAGCCAUAAAGGAGGAGCAGGAGUAUGUUGAACUGGUGGCUGCUGAGAAGCACCAGCAGGCAGCUCUAAAGAGCGCUUUAGCUCAAAAUAAAACUCUGUCCAUGCUGGAUGAGAUCCUGGAGGACGUUAGGAAGGCAGCAGACCGGCUGGAAGAGGAGAUCGGGGAACACGCCUUUGACAACAACAAAGAGAUGGAAGGAGUAAAUGUGGAGGCAGUGUUGAGAGUGGAGGAAGACGAGGAAAAUGGAGGAAAGAGGAAGAACAAGUCCAAGCAGAAGGAAGUGGAGGAUGACCUGGGACUGAGCAUGCUCAUCGACUCUCAGAACAACCAGUACGUCCUCACUAAACCACGAGACUCCACCAUGCCAAGAGCAGACCACCACCUCAUCAAGGACUUGGUGUCGGUGGUGAUGCUGUCGCUGCCCUGCGGCUGGAUCUGCUCUCUGAUUGGUCUUCCUCCCAUGUUUGGAUACAUCAUCUGUGGGGUCCUGCUCGGCCCCUCAGGCUUCAACAGCAUCAAGUCUAUGGUCCAGGUGGAGACUCUGGGGGAGCUGGGUGUGUUCUUCACUCUCUUUGUGGUCGGGCUGGAGUUCUCACCUGAGCGACUUCAAAAGGUAUGGAAGACAUCAGUCCAGGGGUCGUGUUACCUCAGUCUGAUGAUGGUGGGGGCCGGUCUGUUGUGGGGUCAAGUCCUACAUAUUCGACCCACCCAGACUGUCUUCAUUUCCACCUGCCUGUCCCUGUCCAGCACUCCACUGGUGUCCCGCUUCCUGGCGGGGGGGAGCAGAGGGGAACGAGAAAAAGAAGGCAGCUGUGUUUGUCCAAUAAGCCUAAAUACAGAAAUAAUUGAAGAGCUCUCAUCUAAAGCAGCUGUGGAAAAGGAUUUAGUCUCACUACCUAAAAGUGAACUGGACUACAGCAGCGUUCUCCUCGGGAUGUUAGUGAUGCAAGAUGUUCAGCUCGGCCUCUUCAUCGCCGCCAUGCCAACGCUGAUCCAGGCACAGAGUGGAGACGUGGAAAGCUUCCUGUUGGGGAGUCUGCGUGUGCUUUACCUCCUGGCCCAGAUCGUGGUGUCUCUGGCCGCUGUGCUGCUGCUGUGUUUGUUACUCAAAUCCUUCCUGAUUGCCCCCUUCUACAAGAAACUGCAUGCUGAGAGCAAAGGCAACAAAGAGAUCCUCGUGUUGGGGAUGGCAGCUUUUGUCUUUUUCAUGCUGACGGUGACAGAGUUUUUAGAUGUUUCUAUGGAGCUCGGCUGUUUCCUGGCUGGAGCUCUGCUGUCCACACAGGGUCACAUGGUCACCACGGAGGUCAUGGGAUGCAUCGAGCCCAUCAGAGAUUUCCUCGCCAUCAUCUUCUUCGCCUCCAUCGGUCUCCACGUGUUCCCGACAUUUGUGCUGUAUGAACUCACCAUCCUGCUGGUGUUAACUUUCACACUCGUCAUUAUGAAGUUCAUGAUGGCCGUCCUAGUGCUGUCGUUCAUCCUUCCUCCAGGCUCUCGACACAUUCGUUGGAUCGUGUCAGCCGGCCUGGCUCAGGUCAGCGAGUUCUCCUUCGUCCUGGGCAGCCGUGCGCGCCGCGCUGGCAUCAUCUCCAGAGAGGUGUACCUGCUGGUUCUCAGCGUCACCACCCUCAGUCUGCUGCUGGCCCCGGUGCUGUGGAAGGUCACCACACAUAAAUGGGUUCCCCGGGUCGAACGAAAAACAAUCACAUGACCACAUGAGCUUCUGGAAAAACACGUCCCUGUGUAACUCUGAGGAGCAGAAUCUAAGUCUUAUUUGGCCUUUCAGAAAGGUUGGACCAGAACUACUUGUUCUUCAUUUAAAAGACACUGAUUCCUUCCUACCACAAACAUUAAACCUGGACCAUCUAAUCAUUAUACUGUUGAAUGGCUUGUUUUAUUAUAGCACAGGCCAAAAUGAUUUCCCAACAAAUCUAUGAAAUGUAAACGCCAUCCACCAUGUCAUCCACUCUUCGUAAAAGCACAACAUCAUCUGUGACUUUAAAGAACCGUCAAUAGGAUCAGUUCAAUGAAGAAGCACAAGUCCUCGAUAUCCUUCCUAGUGUUCCGAUGGUUUUAAUGCACUUUCUCCUGCAUUAUGAAGAACAUACAGAAACUCUACUGUCCCGAUUAUAUAAAUUCAACUGAACUACAUCCUCCUCAGUUGUUAUUGCACUUUCAACUUCAAGUUUGUCUAAUUCCUUGCAACAAUCUGGAACAAAAUCUGAACUCUAUAUGUUGGCUCUUCUUAUAUGAAUGAGAGAAAUGGUCGGAUUACUUAAAGUGCACCUAUCAUGCUAUUUUUAGGCAAUAGCAUAGGUCUCAGAUAUAUAAAAAUAUAUAAAAAC